AUGACCGACAACGUGAGCUCCAGAAUCGAAACCCCGACCAACAUCUCUCUGAGUCCCAACAUCGCCAUCUCUCAGUUAAUAGAGUACAAGGCAGUGUCUGUGUUCCUGGUCCUGCUGGUGUGUGGCGUGGGCAUUGUGGGCAACAUUAUGGUGGUCCUCGUGGUGCUCACCACGCGCCACAUGAGGACACCCACCAACUGUUACCUGGUCAGCCUGGCCAUAGCCGACCUGAUGGUGCUGGUGGCAGCGGGACUGCCCAAUGUGUCGGAGAGUCUGACGGGCACAUGGAUUUAUGGCCACGCCGGCUGCCUGGGGAUCAUCUACUUUCAGUACCUGGGCAUCAAUGUGUCCGCCUGCUCCAUCACUGCCUUCACCGUAGAGAGGUACAUAGCAAUCUGCCAUCCAAUGAAGGCUCAGGCAGUGUGCACAGUGUCCCGGGCCAAGCGGAUCAUUGCUGGGGUCUGGAUCUUCAUCUGCAUCUACUGCAUGCUGUGGUUUUUCCUGGUGGACCUUCAGGUGGGCGAGGAUGGACAUGUGCAGUGUGGCUACAAAGCGAAACGGGAGCUCUACCUGCCCAUCUACCUCAUCGACUUUGCCAUUUUCUACGUCAUCCCCCUGCUCCUUGACAUCGUGCUGUAUGGCAUGAUUGCGCGAAUCCUCUACCUCAGUCCUCUGCCCAACCAACCUGACACCAGCGCCACCACGCUGCGGCGGAGUUGCCGGGAAACCUCUGAAGCGGGGAAAGGGGGCCGCCAGGGCCGAACAAAGACCGCGCUCUCCUCCAGGAAACAGGUGACUAAGAUGCUGGCAGUAGUGGUGAUCCUGUUCGCUCUGCUCUGGAUGCCGUACCGGACUUUAGUUUUGAUCAACUCCUUUGUGUCCACGCCCUAUCUGAACGAAUGGUUCCUCCUGUUUUGUCGGACAUGCAUCUAUGCCAACAGCGCUAUAAACCCUGUCAUAUAUAACGCCAUGUCUCAGAAGUUUCGCUCUGCGUUUCGUGGGCUUUACCGUUGCCAGCGGCCGGAAGGAAAUCAGAGGACGCUGUCAACAGUCCAGACCGGGUUCAACACCGCCCGAGACCCCGGAACCUCCCAGGCCAGCAGCAAUGGAACCAAUGAAAAGGCGAGGAGAACCAUCUUGAAUACAACCACUGACAUGACUACAAAACAAAAUGGAAGCAGUCAUCAGGAGACAGUCAACGGCAACAAAGCAGAGCAUCCCUCUGACAUCAGCCCAGAUACUUUGAGCUUUGGUGUGGGUCCGUUUGAGACGUCGCUGACUGGUGACGGGGCUCGGCCUUCCUCGGAUGAUACCACAGUAAAUUUUGCGGACAGGCACACAUCAAAUGAUAAACAGGAAAAAAGUGUAAAUAUUUAA